UCUUGCAUGUUUCCAUUUCUUUCAUUUAUUAAUCUUCGAGUUCAUUCUUUGUACAUGCAUUUAUAGUUAUUAAAUGACAAAGUAUUCAAUGGAGCAUGAUUUGGGUUGUGGUCUAAUGGGAGGAAUUUUCCAGCCAUGCACCAAGUGGUCGAGAAAAUCAGCACUCCCUGCCUUGCCUGUGAAAGGCGUCGACAAGGUUCUGAAGGAACCUGCCACGGUUAAGUCUAAGAAACCAUCGAUCAAUGGAUCCGGAAGGAGACGUAACAGCUCAGUUGAUUCUGUCCCCAUGAAACAAGCCAGGAUGUCCGAUUUAUUACAACCUCGGAAUUUGGUUUCGAGUUUUCACAUGAAAAAAGACGGUGGAACAUCCUUAUAUCCUGCACGAAGCUCAGCAUCAUCCUCUUCUGCUUCGACUCAAAUGAGACUGUCACAAGACUUGACAUGUGAUACAAAGUUACAGAAACAAAAACCAAACAACACCAAAGCUCUUAUUCCGGCCACGGCUUCUCCUAUGGGCAAUAUCAUAAGGAAGCCGAGUGUCGUAUUGAAACAGUUUCGUGGAUUGGAUUCUGAGGCAUUGAAGAUGAUGGGAAACGAGGCAUACAAUCAGGGAAGGUUUGAAGAGGCACUGACCCUUUACGAACGAGCAAUAUGCCUCGAUCCGAAGAAGGCGACAUACUAUUGUAAUAAGAGUGCUGCCUUGUUACGUUUAGGCCAUGCUAUCGAAGCAGUUGUUGAGUGCAAAGAAGCUAUUCAGCUUGAUCCUACAUAUUGCAGAGCUCAUCACCGCUUGGCAACAAUUUAUCUCAGAUUGGGAGAAGUAAAAGAAGCAAUGGAUCACUACAAAUACGCUGGAAAUCAUGCCGACCCCGACGACAUUGCUAAAGCUCGGUCUCUCGAUCACUGCCUUAAAAGAUGCGCUGAGGCUCAAAAAUCGAAGGAAUGGAAUACUCUACUUAAGGAGACUCAAUGUGCUAUAACCUCUGGAGUUGAUUCUGCACCUGUGGUUUAUGCUCUUCAAACAGAGGCCUUUCUGAAGCUCCACAGGCAUCAAGAAGCCUAUACAUCCCACAGCAAAGGACCGAAUUUCGCAGUUGAAUCUUGUAUUAAUUUCUUCGGUAUGGCUGUGAGUGCUUAUCUUUUAAUGAUCAAAGCACUGGUCUAUAUUGUUUCUGGCAGGUUAGAUGAUGCUGUAUCAGCAGCUCAGCUUGCUGCCAGACUCGAUCCACACAACAAAGAAAUAACACUAGUGGUAAAGCAGACGAGAGCAGUAUCAUCAGCUCGAUUGAGCGGUAACUUGCUAUUCAAGGCAUCGAAAUUCUCGGAGGCUUCCGUUGUGUAUAGUAAAGGACUAGAGAAUGAUCCAUACAAUUCAGUUCUGCUAUGCAACAGAGUAGCCUGUAGAACUAAGCUAGGCCAAUUCGAAAAGGCCAUUGAGGAUUGCACAGUGGCGCUUAAGGUGCAACCUUCUUACAGCAAGGCAAGGCUAAGGAGAGCUGAUUGUAAUGGCAAGCUAGGGAGAUGGGAAGUGGCAAUCCAGGAUUAUGAGAUAUUGAUAAGGGAAACCCCUCGAGAUGAUGAAGUAGGCAGGGCAUUGUUUGAGGCUCGCGUCCACCUCAACAAACGGCUUGCUCGAGAGUUUAAGGCCUCUGUUUGA